AUCAUUUCAUUUAUUUUAACCUUAUCCUAUUUCUAAUGGUAUUUCGUCCAUUUGAUCGUUUUUAUGUAAUAGUUUACAUUUUCUUUUGUGAAUACGCCAUUAAGUUUUAAUGCGUGUUUGUGUGUGGUAAUGCGUGGUUUGACAGUUUAGUUCGAUAUUGUAGAUCGAAUAAAUUAUUCUUAGUGUUAUGUUGGUUAUGGACAUGGAAGUACCUGCAUUUGUCCAACCUGUACAACGCAAGAGGAGGAGAGAUUCCAAAAAUGUGUGGAUGGCUCGUGAAGACGAUACAGAUGACUGUGCGAAGGCUCGCUUCCUUGAGGAGAUUUCUGCAGGAGUCCUGGAUGUUCUCCUGUGUCACCCUCUUCUGGUUUUGGUGAUUAUGAUUUUAAAUGAUGAAUAUGGAGGUAUCUUUGUCAAAGGGUCCUUAUGCAGACUGUCCCACUCAAGAGGAAGACGGGUUCCAAAAUGUGUGAGUGGUCCCAGAAGGCGUAGUCAACGUGUGAAGUGUCGUGGGCAAGAACGAAGAAUCGUGUGACAUUUGUGUUGAUUAUGUUCAAAGCUGAUUUAUAUAUAUAUAUAUAUAUAUAU